CGCCUCGGGUGCCGCUGUCGGUGCCGCUGCCGGUGCCGGUCCCGCGGCCAUGCGGGUGCCGCUGCCCGCCCUGCUGGGCGGCUCGGCGCUGCUGCUGCUGCUGCUGCGAUGGCGGCGGCGCCGGGCGCUCUGGAGGAAGGUGGCGGAGGCGCAGGAGCGGCAGGAGCUCAGCCUGGUGCGGAUGGAGGCGGCGGCGCGGCGCUUUCGGGAGCAGCAUCCUUCUGUGAACGUGGUGUCCGUCCUCUCUCUGCCCCUGCCAGAGCUCUCCAGGAAGCUCCGAGAUGGCUCCCUGCCCCUGGACCACGUCUUCUAUGCCUACAUGGGCAAGGCCCUCCAAAUUGCCACAGAAACCAACUGCAUCACGGAGUUUCUGCAGGAGAGUGAGACCCAGCUCCGCAGAGCCAAGCUGAUGGAGAAGCAGGGUCUGCUCUAUGGGGUGCCUGUCAGCAUCAAAGACUCCAUCGACUGCCAGGGUCAUGACUCCACACUGGGGUUCAUAAAAAACCUCAAUAAACCCGCAGCAGAGGACAGCGUGGUGGUGCAGGUGCUCAAGAGACAGGGGGCAAUUCCAUUUGUCAAAACCAAUGUUCCCCAGUCCCUCAUCAGCUAUGACUGCAAGAACUUAAUCUUUGGUCAGACCCGCAACCCUCUGCUGUUCACCAGAACCCCCGGAGGCUCCUCUGGUGGGGAAGGAGCACUUGUAGGAGGUGGUGGGUCCAUCUUGGGCAUUGGGACAGAUGUAGGAGGGAGCCUGCGUUUUCCUGCUGCCUUCUGUGGGGUCUGUGCAAUCAAACCCACAGGGAAGAGACUCAGUAAAAGAGGAGUAAAAGCUGGAGUCAUUGGGCAGAAGGCAGUGGCUGCAGCAGUGGGACCACUGGCAAAAGACGUGGAGAGCCUGGCGCUGUGCCUGCGGGCGCUCCUGAGCGAGGACAUGUUCAGCCUGGACAGCACAGUGCCACCCCUCCCCUUCAAUGAAGAGGUACAGAGCCUCCAAGGGGCCAGAGAUCUCUGGGGAGAGCUGCCAUGUUCAGCCAUGGACAGCACAGUGCCACCCCUCCCCUUCAAUGAAGAGGUGUAUUCCAGCACAAAACCCCUCCGCAUAGGCUACUAUGAGACCGAUUUCUUCACCAUGCCCAGCCCGGCCAUGAGACGCGCUGUCCGCGAGACCAAGCAGCUCCUGGAGGAGGCUGGCCACACGCUGGUGCCCUUUGAACUCACAAAUGUGGACUACGUGAUGUUUAACUACUGUGUCAGGGGAAUGUUCUCAGAUGGAGGCAGCUCCUUCAUCAGGAAAUUCAAAGGGGAGUUGGAGAAAGGCGGCUCAGGGCUGCUCUUCCGGCUGGCAAAGGCACCACAGUGGCUGAAAACUCUCCUCUCCUGGAUUGCCAAACCUUUCGUGCCUCGACUUUCAAGUAUCAUAAGAAGUAUGAAAGAAAACACAGUGGAUGAAGUCUGGAGCCUUCAUCAUGAAAUCGAGGACUUUUGCCACCAGUUCAUUGCCCAGUGGAAGAAGCUGAAUCUGGAUGUCAUGCUGUGCCCCAUGCUGGGCCCGGCUCUCGGCAUCGGCUACCCUGCCAAGCUCUCAGUGGCAGUCAGCUACACCAUGCUCUACAACGCCUUGGACUUCCCCGCUGGCGUUGUCCCUGUCACGCUGGUGACGGAUGAGGAUGAGGAGCAGCUGAAGGGCUACAAGGGAUACUACCAGGACUGGUGGGACCGGACCCUGGCCAAGGCUUUCCGUGGCAGCGUGGGGAUGCCCGUGGCCGUGCAGUGCGUGGCCCUGCCGUGGCAGGAGGAGCUGUGCCUGCGCUUCAUGAAGGAGGUGGAGACCCUCAGCCUGAAGAAGAACAGCUUCUUCUGAGCCCCAGGUGCUCAGCCAGAUCAGGAUCCCAGCUGGCAGCAGCGUGGGACAUCCUUUGGUGUGACCCAGAGGACUCUCGUUCCCCUCAGUGAGGAUGCAGUGGUGGCUGGGCUGGCUGCUGGAUUUGGGAGCAAGGGGAAAGCAAGGCGAGCUCUGAUGUGGUGGAGCUCUUCCAAUCAUUGUCCUAACAUAGUACUUUUUAUUAUCUGA